AUGGGUGCUGCGGAUGCCGUUCGGCGGGUGGCAUCAAAGGGCGCUGGGGCUUUUGCAGAGGAUGGUAAAAAAACAGAAGCCAUAGUUCUUGCUGCCGAUGGGAUGAUUUGGACCGGGUCUUCUAGUGGCUUGUUAAUCCAGUGGGAUGGCAAUGGCAAUCGCUUGCAGGAAAUCACUCACCAUCCUUGUGGCAUUCUCUGUUUUUGCUCUUACGGGUCGAGAAUAUGGAUUGGGUAUGUGAGCGGCAUGGUCCAGAUCAUGGACCUUGAUGGUAAUCUGAUUGCCGGUUGGGUCGCCCAUAAUGGUCCCGUUAUAAAAUUGGUAGUUGGGGAUGGUUCUGUUUUUAGCCUGGCGACUCAUGGCGGUAUACGCGGAUGGAACGUUUCCUCGCCAGCACCUAUGGACAAUAUAUUACGUGUAGAAUUAGCCAAGAAAGAACAAGAUUAUACCAGGCUAGAGAACAUCAGAAUUUUAGUUGGGACAUGGAAUGUUGGCCAAGGAAGAGCCUCUCAUGACGCUCUUAUGUCAUGGAUAGGCUCUACUUUACCAGAUGUUGGUAUCGUGGUUAUCGGGCUACAAGAGGUUGAAAUGGGUGCUGGUUUUCUUGCUAUGUCGGCUGCUAAAGAAACUGUAGGGCUAGAAGGAAGUUCUAUCGGACAAUGGUGGCAAGAUCACAUUGGCAAGGCUUUGGAUGAAGAAUCUACAUUUGAACGUGUAGGGUCUAGACAACUGGCUGGCCUAAUGAUAGCCAUCUGGGUGAGAAAAACUCUUAGGACACAUGUUGGAGAUCUGGAUGUUGCAGCAGUUGCGUGUGGUUUGGGCCGAGCAAUUGGUAAUAAGGGAGGUGUCGGUUUGAGAUUGAGGGUAUUUGAUCGGAUAAUGUGCUUUACAAACUGCCAUUUGGCUGCACAUCUGGAAGCAGUCAACCGGCGGAAUGCCGAUUUCGAUCAUAUAUACCGGACUAUGACUUUCACCCGAUCAUCUAACCUUUUAAACAAUGCUGCUGGUAUGCUGCGCUACCUGUACUUGUCUUGCUCUCUUGUCUUCUCAACGUAUUUAUUUUGGAUGCUUUAUUCUUGUGGCUUGCCUUGGGUCCUCUCUAUUGCAGCCGGUGUCUCCACAGCCGCUCAGACACUUCGUGGUGCAGAUGUUACAACAGUUAACCCUGAUGAAGGAAGGCCUGAUCUUGCCGAAGCUGAUUUGGUUAUAUUCUUUGGGGACUUUAAUUACCGUCUGUUUGGCAUAUCGUAUGAUGAAGCAAGGGAUUUUGUUUCUCAAAGAAGCUUCGAUUGGCUUCGGGAGAAAGAUCAGCUGAGAGCGGAAAUGAAAGCUGGUAAAGUCUUCCAAGGAAUGCGUGAGGCACUCGUCAGAUUUCCUCCCACUUACAAGUUUGAGAAAGGAAAACCAGGAUUAGGAGGUUAUGAUUCUGGUGAGAAGAAAAGAAUCCCAGCUUGGUGUGAUCGAGUGCUAUAUAGAGAUAAUAGGGCAUCUCCUAUGGAACCAUGUAGUUUAGAGUGCCCCGUGGUUGCUUCAAUAUUACUCUAUGAUGCGCGUAUGGAUGUGAUCGAGAGUGAUCAUAAGCCUGUACGGUGCAAGUUCAAUCUGGAAAUUGCACGUGUCGACCGAUCAAUAAGGAGGCAUGCAAUGGGAGAACUUCUCCGCUCGAACGAUGAUAUCAAGUCCAGUUUUGAAGCGUUACGAUUUGUUCCAGAGACAACUGUCAGUACAAACAGAAUAGUGCUCCAGAACCAGGACAAGUUCAGUUUGAAAAUUACAAACCGAAGCGGGCAGGACAUGGUGUUUUAUCAAAUCGUAUGCGAAGGUCAGUCCACCAUCAGCGAGGAUGAAGUUGCAUCCGAGUACCACCCGAGAGGGUCCCUUGGUUUCCCUCGUUGGCUUGAGAAUAUACACAAGCACGCCCGGAAACGAGUUCUCAGCAUUCAACCAAUUCCAAGAUAG